CCGAGGAAAAGAGGUCCUCUCAGGCGCUGCCGGGAUUUUGUUUCAUUCCCCGGCUACCAAAUUCUUCCCGCAUUUUGGUUCUAAUAGAAUCUCUUUCUCUGAGGAGGGAAGUUGAGCAGGGAAUGAGUUAGCAGCGGAAACCUAGCGUGACUUCUGGGAGGAGAAAGUGGCCCCCCGGUGCCAACAAGGCAGAUAGUUGUGACCGCCGUGUGUCUGCGCUGCGGCGGAGCGCCUCAUCACUGGGAGCUGGAGGAGGAAAGAAAAGCUCGGUCACUACUUCUGUAUGUAGCCUCGGAAACAGCCACCACAGCGCCAAGAUGGACCUGAAGCUGCUCUUGAUUUCAACAUUGCUAGGAGUCUUUUGUUGCGGUAAUGCUCAGAAAGAGGGGAAUGAGUGCAUCAAUGCCAACGCCAAGUUCUGUGGGGAGUGCAUCCAGGCCGGAGCUAAAUGUGGCUGGUGUAAAGACCCGGACUUCUUGAAACAGGGGGAGACCGUGUCGACCCGCUGUGACGAGCUGCAGUCUCUGAUAAAAAGGGGCUGCGAUGACGCCAUGAUCGAGAACCCACACGGGGAACAGAAGACCCUCAAGAACAAAAAGGUGACACAUCGCAGAAAGGGAGCAGAGAAACUGAAGCCGGAGGACAUCACUCAGAUCCAGCCCCAGAAACUCAGCCUCACUCUACGAUCUGGUGAGCCGCAGUCUUUCGAAUUGAAGUUCAAACGAGCAGAAGAUUAUCCCAUCGACCUGUACUACUUGAUGGACCUGUCCUACUCCAUGAAGGACGAUCUGGAAAAUGUCAAGAACCUGGGAACAAGUCUAAUGCUGGAGAUGUCAAAGAUCACCUCUGACUUCAGGAUAGGUUUUGGUUCCUUUGUGGAAAAGACGGUUAUGCCGUACAUCAGCACCACCCCUGCCAAGCUGCUGAACCCAUGCACGGGCGACCAGAACUGCACCAGCCCGUUCAGCUACAAAAACGUCCUGAAGCUGACCAGCGACGGCAAGAAGUUCAACACCCUGGUGGGCCAGCAGCACAUCUCUGGAAACCUGGACUCUCCUGAGGGGGGAUUCGAUGCCAUCAUGCAAGUGGCUGUGUGUGGGGACCACAUUGGUUGGAGGAAUGUGACUCGUCUGCUGGUGUUCUCCACUGAUGCUGGCUUCCACUUUGCUGGCGAUGGCAAGCUGGGUGGCAUCGUUCUGCCAAAUGAUGGAAAAUGUCACUUGGAGAACAAUAUUUACACCAUGAGCCACUACUAUGACUAUCCCUCCAUCGCUCACCUGGUUCAGAAGCUGAGCGACAACAACAUCCAGACCAUUUUUGCAGUAACGGAGGAGUUCCAGCCUGUUUACCAAGAGCUGAAAAACCUGAUACCAAAGUCUGCCGUGGGCACUCUGUCUGCCAACUCAAGCAAUGUAAUCAACCUUAUUAUAGAUGCCUACAAUUCCCUCUCGUCCGAGGUUAUUCUGGAGAACAGUAAGCUUCCAGAGGGAGUGACCAUAGCUUACACGUCCCGCUGUAAGAACGGAGUGGUUAGCGAGGGCGAAAGUGGACGGAGGUGCUCCAACAUCUCCAUCGGAGAUGAGGUCAUGUUUACCAUCAGCGUGACGUCUAAGGGCUGUCCGAAACAAGGCAAACCUGAGAUCAUCAAGAUAAAGCCCCUGGGAUUUACGGAGGAGGUGGAGAUUAUCCUCAACUUCAUCUGUGAGUGUGAAUGCAACAAGGACGGCAUCAAGAAAAGUCCACUCUGCCACUUGGGUAACGGGACCUAUGAAUGUGGAGCCUGCAAGUGUAACGAAGGCCGCGUGGGCAGAAAGUGUGAAUGCAGCAGCAACGAUGUGGCCACGGAGGACAUGGACAGGACCUGCCGUAAGGACAACGGCACCGACAUCUGCAGCAACAACGGAGACUGUGUGUGCGGCACAUGUGAGUGCAAGAAGAGAGACAACCCCGAGGAGCGGUACAGCGGGCAGUACUGCGAUUGUGACAACUUCAACUGCGACCGCUCUGGAAACAAGCUGUGCGGAGGGCAUGGCCACUGUGAGUGCAGAGUGUGUAUCUGUGACCCCAUGUGGACCGAAAGCGCCUGUGACUGUUCUCUGGACAACAGCACAUGUAUGGCGAGCAACAAGCAGAUCUGUAACGGCAGAGGACUGUGCGAAUGUGGCACCUGUAAGUGCACUGACCCCAAAUUCCAGGGUCCCACCUGUGAGACGUGUCCUACCUGUCCAGGAGUCUGCACUGAGCACAAAGAGUGCGUCCAGUGCCGGGCGUUCGGCACCGGUGAGAAGAAGGACACGUGUGAGAGAGACUGCAGCUACUUCAACCUGAUCAAAGUGAAGGACAAGCUGCCCCAGCCCAACGACGCCUCCUACCCCGUGAUGCACUGCAAGGAGAGGGACGCCAACGACUGCUGGUUCUACUACACCUACGCCGUCAACAACAACACGGAGAAGGAGGUCCAUGUGGUGGACAAGCUGGACUGCCCCGACGGCCCUGACAUCAUCCCCAUCGUGGCGGGCGUGGUCGCCGGCAUCGUCCUGAUUGGCUUAGCCCUGCUGCUCAUCUGGAAGCUGCUGAUGAUCAUCCACGACAGACGAGAGUUCGCCAAGUUUGAGAAGGAGAAGAUGAACGCCAAAUGGGACACGGGGGAAAAUCCCAUCUACAAAAGUGCUGUCACGACUGUGGUCAAUCCCAAAUAUGAAGGAAAAUGAUGGCGUCACAGUUUUCAAUGAACUAGAAGUAUCUGACAACUGCAGUAUUUACCGCAGGUUCGGAGUCUGGGGGGAUGGGGGGGGGGGGUCUGUGGAGGAAUUUAUGUAAUUUCUUCUUGUUGCUUUACCAUUAUAACGCACCAUGCAGCCACUGCAUCUGUAUUUUUACUAACACUAUCGAUUUAUAUGCAUUUGUUGAAUUUUAGAUGUACAGUAUACAGUAUGUGUAUAUACUUUUAAGUUGCAUAUUUGCAAAAAAAAAAAAAUUAUGAAGGUGUUUUUUUCCUGCUACAGGACUGGUAUGGGCAGAGGAUGUAGCUUUUUUUUUUUAACAACAAAAUGUGGACACUAGUGAUAUACAAUAUAUGUGCAAGAAUUUCUAAGCUUCUGUCUCUUUCUCUGUCUUCUCGUCCCUCUGUGCACUGACUUCCUGUGUUCCAGACAGGAUUUAGGUUUAAUGUGUAAAUUGUCAGCCAUAGCAGCACAUAAUGCCAAUGUUUGUAUGUUUAUGUGUGUGUGUGUGUGUGUGUGUGUGUGUGUGUGUGUGUGUGUGUGUGUGUGUGUGUGUGUGUGUGUGUGUGUGUGUGUGUGUGUGUGUGUGUGUGUGUAUAUAGAAAACAACUGCAAUAGGAAGUAUUGAAUGAUAUUUCACAUUCAACUUAGAUUGGACUGUUAUGUUAUAUCACAGAAGAUUAUGCAGUGGUUGUAAAUGUAGUUUUGAUCUGCAGCUUAGAAACACAUUAUAUUGCACUCUUAUUGAGAAAUGUUGCCUAUUCUGAAGGAGUAAAUACAAAAAUGAAGAUUAUUAUCAACUAUCAUCAUUCAAAUUGUUGAUAUACUAUCACAAAGGGACUGUAUACCACUUGUUAAAAUUAUGAAAUAGUGGCGAUGUAGAACAAUCAAAGCAUUUGUAUAGUUAUGAUACAAUUUGCAAUUAACUAAUGAAAUAUUGUUGUACUUGUUAACUGCAGUAACUUUCUCAGGUCCUUUCCUGUGUUCUCGUCAAGUACGCCAAAAAUACGUUUUUAUGUUAGCUUGUUCCGUGAACUGGUAAAUUAAUUUGUGUGGUCAAUUCUGUUGAUGACAUUUUUUUUGUUUUAGUUUGUAAGACCGAAACAGGAGUAAUUGUUCUGACGUCACAUGAAUCACCUUUGAAAUGCUUUCACAGCCCAAAUGCCUCUGAAGUACCACACACAAGCCUUUACAGUAUUGUUUUCAAAGUGCCUUUUAUUUCAAUACCUUGUUCUCUCCCAAUACGGUUUGAGUUAUUUAUUAAAUAAAAUAC